GUUUUCAUUGUACAUUGCACCACUCUCUGUAAAUUUCAGACAUGUUAUUGGGAUUUUUAUGAAUUCAGCAGUGCUAAAGGCUUUGUAUAAUUAUCCUAAUUUCAAUGAUAUUCAACUUAUACUCACGCUAUAGAGAAUAAAAAUAUUCUGUGAAUGAUUUCACAUAUAUAAUUUACUUUUGAAGUUAUGCUUCAAAUAUUUAUAUUUUAUGAAAUAUUACGCAGGACCACCUAUUGAUUCAAAGAUAAUUAAUCUUUCUCUCAUGGUUCUUUUUCCCUUGCAUUAUAUACACAACUGUUUCCUCCUCAGUCACUUCUACAUUCUGACAGAAGAAACUGUGACCCAGCCUGUCUCCUUUCCACAGCCCUGCCUAAAGCCACUCUGACUGUAGAGCCAAAAUGGGGCACACUGUACAAUGGAGAGACCGUCACCCUGAGGUGUGAGGUGGACUCCUACAGCAACUGGACAUAUUCCUGGUACAAAGACCAGGCCCAGAUGGCUGUGUCUCAGACUGCUGGUCAGAGUGUAACUGGUAACAGACUCACCAUCCCUGGUGCUGCUGGGUCUGACCAGGGGCAGUACUGGUGUGAGGGGAGGCUGGAGGGGAGAAAAGUGACAUCACAGCGCAGCGACUCCAUCACUGUUGCAGCCCUGCCUAAAGCCACUCUGACUGUAGAGCCAAAAUGGCACCCACUGUACAAUGGAGAGACCGUCACCCUGAGGUGUGAGGUGGAGUCCUACAGCAACUGGACAUAUUCCUGGUACAAAGACCAGGCCCAAAUGGCUGUGUCUCAGACUGCUGGUCACAGUGUGACUGGUAACAGACUCACCAUCCCUGGUGCUGCUGGGUCUGACCAGGGGCAGUACUGGUGUGAGGGGAGGCUGGAGAGGAGAAAAGUGAAAUCACAGCACAGCGACUCCAUCACUCUGACUGUAGCCCUGCCUAAUGCCUCUCUGACUGUAGAGCCAAAAUGGCACCCACUGUACAAUGGAGAGACCGUCACCCUGAGGUGUGAGGUGGACUCCUACAGCAACUGGACAUAUUCCUGGUACAAAGACCAGGCCCAGAUGGCUGUGUCUCAGACUGCUGGUCACAGUGUAACUGGUAACAGUCUCAUCAUCCCUGGUGCUGCUGGGUCUGACCAGGGGCAGUACUGGUGUGAGGGGAGGCUGGAGGGGAGAAAAGUGAAAUCACAGCACAGCGACUCCAUCACUCUGACUGUAGCCCUGCCUAAUGCCUCUCUGACUGUAGAGCCAAAAUGGCGCCCACUGUACAAUGGAGAGACCAUCACCCUGAGGUGUGAGGUGGACUCCUACAGCAACUGGACACAUUUCUGGUACAGAGACCAUAACCAGACAGCCACAUCUCUCACUAAAGAGUACAGUGUGAACAUCACUGGGGCUGCUGGAUUUGACCAGGGGCAGUACUGGUGUGAGGGGAGGCUGGAGGGGAGAAAUGUGACAUCACAGCGCAGUGACUCCAUCACUCUGACUGUUGCAGCCCUGCCUAAGGCCACUCUGAUCAUGAAGCCAAAAUGGCGCCUACUGUACAAUGGAGAGACCGUCACACUGAGGUGUGAGGUGGACUCCUACAGCAACUGGACACAUUUCUGGUACAGAGACCAUAACCAGACAGCCACAUCUCUCUCUAAAGAGUACAGUGUAAACAUCACUGGUGCUGCUGGGUCUGACCAGGGGCAGUACUCGUGUGAGGGGAGGCUGGAGGGGAGAAAUGUGACAUCACAGCGCAGCGACCCCAUCACUCUGACUGUUGCAGGCGUGAUUCUGCCCAUCGCACUUGGAGUUGGAUUCUGUCUGAUUGUUUUAGCCCUGAUUUUCAUUCUCUUCCAGAAACACCGCAGGAACAAAGGUGAGAUUGUCAUGCUGCCUAACUGAACUUUUCAGCUGAAUUUGUUCAUUAAUCUGUGCCUACAAUGUGUGUGUGUGUACAGUACAUACAUAUAGACAGGUUUAUUUUGAAUGUA